AUGCUCAUUCAAAGACAACUAUUAACAUCUAGAUUACUUUCUAGAAAUUUUCAAAAACAAAAUAUUCAAUUAAUUAAAAGAUUCAACUCAUUCAAAUCAACUCCACCACCUAUAAAACCAAGAAUAAAAUUACAAAGUAAUACUUUGUUAAUAUUAGGUGCAUUAGUAGUAGGUACAACAAUAGCUGCUACUUUAUAUAAUAAAGAAGAUCCAAAAUCUGCAAUUGAUCCUGAAUUACCUAGAUUAUCAAAUGGACCAGUAUUUGAACCUGGUCAAAUUUCAGUUGUAUUUGUGUUAGGAGGACCAGGAUCAGGUAAAGGUACUCAAUGUGAUAUUUUAGUUAAGGAAAAAGGUUUUACACAUUUAUCAGCUGGUGAUUUAUUAAGAGCUGAACAAAAUAGACCAAAUUCAAAAUAUGGAAAAUUAAUUGCAAAAUGUAUAAAAGAAGGAACAAUUGUACCACAAGAAGUUACUAUUGAAUUAUUAAGAAAUGCCAUUCGAUCAAAAUAUAAUCAAGGUCAAGUUAAAUUUUUAAUUGAUGGAUUUCCAAGAAAAAUGGAUCAAGCAUUAACUUUUGAAAAUAGUAUAGCAAAAUCAGCAUUAACUAUAUUUUUUGAAUGUCCUGAACAAGUAAUGUUAAAUAGAUUAUUAGAAAGAGGUAAAACUAGUGGUAGAGCUGAUGAUAAUAUUGAAAGUAUUAAAAAAAGAUUUAAAACUUUUAUUGAUACUUCUAUGCCUGUUGUUGAUUAUUUUGAAAAAGAAGGGAAAGUUAUUAAAGUUAGAUGUGAUCAUUCUAUACCUGUUGUUGCUUCUCAAGUUUUAGAUGCUUUGACUAAAAGGGGAGUAUAG